UCAAGGCUAAUACGACUGGACUAUCACUCGACAAAUUUUGAAAAAGUCUAAGAUUAACAACAAAAUUAACGUGGCUGAGAACUAUAAAUCGAACCUCUUCUAACGGCCACCUCUCAACAGCGACCACAUAUUUUCAUCCCAAAUAUUUUCAUCCCAGUUGAGAGAUUCAGUUUGCCGCUUCUUCCGAAGCGCCACUUGGGGCAUGGAGCGAAGAAGGACGGCUGUUUUCGCAGGCCAUGUUUUAAUUUCCCAACAAUGGCCACCUCCCCACAAUUGCCAGAGAAGUUAGACUGCAAAUUUAAGACUGUGACCUCCACUGGAAACAAAAAAAAGCUAAAAAUAUCGCGUGCUUAAUACGCCUGACUGACUUCAUAUUAUAAUUUAAUUGUAGGCAUGAAGUUGCUUGCGUAGGCGAUUUUGUUUCGGUUUCGUGCAACUGAGUCAUUUGAGAGAUGGGCGUUCGAGGACUUACCAGUUACAUUAACUCAAUCGGGAGUCUUUGGACACAAACUGAGCUUCGAAAUACAAAGCUUGUCAUUGAUGGACCCGGCUUAUGUAACUGCCUUUACGUGGACAGUGGCUUCGACCGUCAAUUUGGAGGCCAAUACGAGGAGUUUUACAAAGUCGUUCUGUCGUUUUUCGACGCUCUGGAUUCUCGGGGUGUAGAUUCCUUUGUAGUGCUCGAUGGCGCUCAUGAUCGAAGCGAUAAAAAGUUAGACACUUUCAAGAAAAGAUCAGUGCAGAGGAUCCAAGCUGGUGACGCGCUGUGCAACGAUAGAUCAACUGAUGGUGAUGUCUUCGUUCUGCCGCUUUUGUCAAACCUUGUCUUUGUGCAAGCGCUCAGGGAUCGCGGUGUAAAAUUUGCUGUUCCUGACUGUGAAGCGGAUUCUGAAGUCGCCUCCUUGGCCAACGCUUAUAACUGCCCUGUAUUAAGCAAUGACAGCGAUUUCUUUAUCUUUGAUAUCGAAGCAGGCUACAUCCCACUUUCCUCUUUCGACUGGAAGUCUAGUCGCCUAACAGCCAAAAUUUUCCAUCGGAGAAAAUUGGCGUCACACUUAAGAAUUCACGCAGAAUUGCUGCCUAUGUUCGCUUCUUUAGUGGGCAAUGAUUACGUCAGCAUUGAUGCGUUGGAACCGUUCAUCCAUGCCCUUAGUCGCAGUCAGUAUUCCAUGGAUCAUUCUAGCAGGAAAGAAGCCAGAUUUGCUGGGAUCGCAAAUAUGCUUUCCACCGUACCUGACAAAUUUGUUCUCCAAAUGGUGUCGUCUUAUGGCGGGAUUCAACUAAGGCAAGCUGUUGAGCAUUCUCUACAAGAGUACUCGAUCACAGACUCGAAUUUGUUGCGCUAUUUCCAAAAACGCGUGAUCAGCAGUUCUCUCAGAACCCAAAACGGCCGAGAAAUCGACGAGUGGCUUUUGCGCAAGUUCCGCGAAGGACAGUUUUCUACUAAUUGUAUGAGCGGCUUAACAUCGGGAAAGGUCUUGCUCAGAUUCCAGGUUGAAAACUGUCGGGAAAAGUCGGCGAAUUACUGCUCCCAGAAGCUGAGGCGGUUUGUUUAUGGGAUUUUAAACGAUGAUGAAGUUUACAACCGGAGAGGAAAUGUUGCGAUGGUUGAAGAAUGGGACAGAGAGGGUUUGAAGGUGAAGCCGUCAAAUGUUACUCCCUACCAAGAGGGUGCGGUCCGAGUGAGUCUUAUCCCAUGCCUCGAUGCUGAAAACAGACUAACGGUUUUGCUAAAUGCGCUUAAUUCAAAUACACCUUCCAUGAGAUUGUUGCCGGAGAAGUUUAAAUUAAUUGCAGCGUCACUUCGUUUUCUCAAGAGCAACGCACAGCCACCUUUGAAGACGAAUCACCUUACCGCCAUACUCUGCAGUUGUAUUAAACUACAGGACGGCUCGUGGAAACAAUACAUCUCCCUAUCUCAGUCGUUUGAUCGGCAAGCAACACAAAGUUUUGCUCAGUGGCAGUGUGUUUUGAGAGAUGCUGUUCAUCUGAACUUUGUUUUGAUUGAGCCUGUUGAAACACCAUGUAUUCACAAAACGUUUAAUGGACGACUGGCGCACUGUCUGCUGAGCGAACUUGAUCGAGGUCGCAUGCCAGAAGAGUUGCUUCCGUCUUACAACAAUCGCUUUCUUUACAACGAAAUUUGCAAUGCGUUGGAGAUAGAAGGCAAGAUUAGCGUUGGCCUGAACACAAAAUAUCCUGGUGUCACACAUCAGAAGUCGUACCAAACAUGGGACAGUUGCCGUCCCCCGGCCCAAUCUUACGCUCCCCUGGACAUCAGGAGUGCUGUUUACAGUCCAGCAAAACGAUGGGAAGCACAUGGUAAUACACGACAGACAAACCAGGUGUCUACGACGCAACAGCAGCAGCAACAACAACAGCAGCAGCAGCAGCAGCAGCAGCAGCAGUGGCUGUCUUCAUCACAAUAUAAUGCGUCCCAUAAGCGACAUGACCGACCUAUGUAUUACUCUCCAGUUCCUCAAGGUGGAGCAAGUUGGAGCUUGCCCUUGUCCUCUAGUAAAGGGUAUUACCAGGAACAACAGUAUGCCCAACCCAGCGUCUAUUCAAGUGGUCAUCACGCUGGUAAACCUCAUCCAGUGACACCUACAUCCAGUAGAGUAGCACAGCGCGCUUACACACAACAAAAAAGAGAAGCAGAAAUCUCUGCCGGGAUUCAAAACUUAAAUCUACGUGCAAACCCGAGCCACAGCAGCAAGAAUUACGCAGCAGGUGAGAACAGGCACUCGCCAUCUGCGCUACGACCGAGGGAGGUAUCGCCACUGGGAUGGGUGUCGCCUGGCUCCAAAAGUACGUCGGCAGCUUCUUACAAUCCAGUUGAUUAUAGGAAUGAAGGCAAAACACCACCGAAUGCCAGACCCCCUCGCGCCAAGUCUACAGCACCGUACCCAUCAGCUACCCACUCGGCGGAGGGAUGAGCCAGUAUCUUUAUCUCCAGUACGCAGUGGUUAUGGUCAGCGGUUUUUCUAUGAUUCGUCUUCACUGGACGAUUUACCACUCCCUUCUGAUGAAAGUUGGUCAGUAAGUGAUUCAUCAAAGUCUUCCGAUGAAAGCUGGUUAUCCGACUAUUACAAUGAUGACGCUGAGCCCUAUUUUGAAGAUUUUUGGUGAUUUUUCCCUUGCAAGUCAAUAGCGAAAACUGCCGAAGAGUUUGGAUUAAUAGGCAACAGUGACUAUGUUCCGGCUGUCAGUAUUAUUUAUAUUAAGAUAACUCAAAACAGUUUCCAGCAUUUAGAUUUUGAUUUAGUCAUGGUAGUUGAUUUUGCAGUAUUUCAGUUUGUAAUUUAUCCUCACUACAUUUCUAUUGUUGGGAUCACGUUAGACUAAGUUAUGGGAGGAAUCCGAGACCGCCUAAGCAAAAGAUAUGCAGCAAGGCCAGGUGAGCGGUGGUCACUUCCACCAGGUCCACCAGGGGAGGAUGGAGGGGCGCAAAGUGUCUUCCCACGGCAAUCUCGUCAAACUGCAAGAUUUCGCACUGCCCAGCCAGAUUUUAUGUUCGAAAGGCCGCAAAGGAUCAUACUAGACGCCACUAACCUAGACCCUCGGGAUUAGCGGAAUGUAACCCGUUAUCGUGAAUCGGUCAUUAUAUAUGCAGUGAGAAUAGUUGAAAGAGUUUACGAUUCUAAAUUCAUAUUAUCUCACCCUUUAAAUUGCUUUACACCUUUUUGUGGUGUUACUAGUUACGUCGAAGUAAAGCUUCUCAGAAAGUGUUAACUUCACUGUUUUCCUGCUGUUUUUAACGGGCCACAGUAAGAAAUAUUACUGAAAUUUGUGAGUUUAAAUAACCAUUUACCUUAAUUACCAGACGUUUGCCGGUGAUCAACAAAAAUUGAAAGCUGGGCUUCGCCUUCUUGGUGAGCCGUCAGUGCUAUGAAAAGAAUCUGGGAGAUUUGCGUCCUCAGUUAAACGUCAUCGCUUCUGCAUGCAUUGCGUGCCGUUUAUUAAACGUUGCCAAAAGUUGCGUCUUAUC